CGUCCAUCAAGUCAUAUGUUUAUGUUUACAUUACAUACAUGUGGUGAGGUACAACGAAUUCGGCAUAAUUUAGGAGGAAACGGUCAGACUAAUCAGCCUAGUGACCUCUUAUCAUGACGUGGGCAACUGGGCAGGUUUUCGCCAGUUUGGCGGCAGUGGCCGUGGGACAGCGCGCCGGUCUGGCGGCGCCGAGCACGACGCCGGUGCCCAUCCUGAAGCAGAUCAACCAACACAAUGAGGACGGCUCGUACAGCUACGGCUACGAGGGCGCCGACGGCAGCUUCAAGAUCGAGACCAAGUACCCGACCGGUGAGGUUUACGGCAAGUACGGCUACAUCGACAGCAACGGCGAGAAGCGCGAAAUCGAGUACGGCGCCACCAAGCGCGGCUUCGAGCCCGCCGGCACCGGCAUCAACGUCCCCCCUGCAACCAUCGGCGGCGACAACAACAACCAGGCCUACAGCUCUGACGACUAUGACGACGGUUCCUACCGUGAGGACCCUCGCAUCUACAACGAGUACGAGCAGCAGUACAAGGGCAACAAUGUCCAGCAGGUGCCCACCCCCGUCGUCCGCGCCCGCACCUACGCCCCCGCUGCCCCCGCCCCCGCGCCCAGGCAACCCCAGCAGCAAGUGUUCCAGCAGCAGAGGGCAUUUGUCGCUCCUGCCCCCGUCAACCCCCACUUGAACCACAACCCCUUCGUGGGCCACCCCGCCGCCAAUGUGAACCUCAACACCGGUUCCUACUCCCUCUCCUACUCGGGUUGAUGGCCCCCUGAUUGACGGGCUCCUCUGUGAUCUCCCCUUCUCCCUUCCGCACCCCCUUCUGCAGCACCUCACACAACUCGACUCUGUCUGAUUUCGGGACUUGAAGGUGCCUUUUUUACAAUCAUUGAAGUUAAUUUUUAUACAUUUUGCUGUGGAAUGAUGUAAAUAAACUUGAUAUUAAAACUAAAA